AUGUCGGAGUCUCAGCCUGGCGCAUCGUCCACGACGAGUAACAAAUGCGAUAGCGGUUUCAUUCCUGGCGACGACACAUUCACGCAAUGGCGCAAUAUCUUUUCCAUAUUGAUGGGAAAAAUGACCGAUGAGGGAAAGGAACAGUUCCGGGUUGCGCGGGAUCUUCGAAAUGAAGCUGCGGAUUGCAAACGCUGUGAAGAUCAAAGGGACUAUUUAUUACAAUAUAGCCCAGUCAUCCGGUAUUUAAGCGAUAAUAUUCGACAGCUUGGAGGCGAUCUUCAUAGUCAUAACAUCUAUUGCCGCCGCUGUACAAACAGGAAAGCCGGGGGCUUCGAUCCAGAAUAUGGUAUCUUGCUCUGCGCAAACGAGAUGAAGGACCAAGGGCAUUUGGAAGAUACAAUGGCACACGAGAUGAUCCAUGCUUACGAUCACCUGCGAUUUAAAGUGGACUGGUCAAAUAAUCUUCGACAUGCAGCUUGCACAGAGGUAUUAUGA